AGGCGAUCGGGUGCUAGGCAGGAUGCUGGUGGCGCUGAUUCGGCUGGGGCAUGUCCUCUCACCGGAGCUGCUUGAGGAGCUGGAGCACUACCUUGCAGGUCGGCUGGCGGCGCAGCAACACAACCUGCUGGCGCCGUUUGCCAACGUCUGCCGUAUCACGGGUUACAUGCCCUCCCCCUCCUUCCUGCAAUCCUUCAUGCAGCGAGUGGAGGAGGUAUGUCCCAAGUUCAGCCCCUACGAAGCUGCUGGGGUCAUGGGCUUCCUGGGCUUCGUCCGGAGUUGCAACGACCAGGGUCUUGGCAACAAGGCAGCUGAGCGGGUCAAUGAAACGAGUGGACGGCUGAUGCAGUUGCUUCUGGACUGCACCGGCAGCAAGGGCAUGAUGGAGCUCGCCUCGCAGCGCCCCUCCCAAGCAUAUGAAGUGGCGGAGUUCCUGCUCCACGCCAUCGGCACCUUCGAUCUGGAUCUGCCGUUCGCCUCCUCGCCCGAGCGGCGGGAGGCCUGGUCGCUGGCCAUGCAGGCUCUGACGCUGGGCCAUGUGGGCGAGGCGGGGUGGGGCCACACCGGCAAGCUGCUGCGGCUGCUGGCGCAGGCGCGGUGCGCCGUGCAGGGGCAGUGGCUGGCGGAGUAUUACAAGAACCUGGACGCAGCCGCGCCCACCCUAGCGCCCGAGCUGCUCGCAGAUGCCGCCACGGGCAUCAUCGCCGCCGGCUACCAGCCCGCGCUGGUGCCCGCCCUGUCGACCCGGCUGGCACUGGUUCUGGAGCAGCGCAUGGGCCAGCUGGCCACAUGUAACCCGGGCACGCUGGUGCGGCUGCUGGGGGCGGUGGGGGACAUGGGGCAUGUGGUGCGGACGGAGGUGCUGCAGGCGGCGGAGGUGGUGCUGGCGCGGCCGCUGGCGGCGGCGCCGGAGGUGCUGCGAGAGGCGCGGGAGCAGCUGGAGGCGAUGAAGGCGAGGAUGGCGGCGGGGUCGGGGAAGCUGGAGGAGCAGGAACUGGAGGCGGUGGACGCGGUGGUGGCGAGGGCGACUGUGGCUGUGGAUGUGUUGAGUGAGGGCAGCUUGACGGCACUGUGCAGGGCCCUCUCCCUCCACGCCUACCGCCCGGGUCCGCGGCUGAUGAACGCGGUGCUGGCCGCCGCCGCAGUGCUGCACAGCGGCACGCAGCAGGCGCAUGCGGGGGCGCAAGCGGGGGGGUGGCUCGCGCUGCAGCCGGGCUGGCGGCGCCUGGAGUGCUUUACGGAGGUGCUGUUGCGGCUGGCGGCCUGGGGGGUGCAGCCGGAGGAGGAGUGGCUGGAGGGCACGGCGGCGGCGCUGGUGCUGCUGGCGGCGCGGCCGCUGCAGCCGGGGGCGGCAGCAGCAGCGGAGGAGUACUUGCUGCAAAUGGCGGGGGCGUUUGGGGCGAUGGCGCGCUGGGCCCAUGUGUUCAGCCCGGCCCAGCUGACCGCCCUGUCUCGCGACCUCAACCGCUGCCUGGAGCUCUUCACCCGGCAGGGCCAGACCUUUGACUCCCGCAUCUCAGCUGUCAUCCAGUCCGCCCUGUUGGAAGCACACGGCAGCGGAGUGCUGGGCGGCUCGGAGAGGCUGCAGGAGGCGGUGCAGGCGGCAGAAGCCAUGCACAACAUGGCCCUCACGAGUGAUGUCGGGAGCACUAGCAGCAGCACCAGCGGCAGCAGCAGCAGCGGCGGCCGGCACGCGAGGAGGCGCGGUGUUGGCUUUGGCGGCGCCGACGGGGGCUCGGGUGCCGGAGCCGCAGUGACGGCGGCGUCGGUUGUGGAGGUACCGAAGAGGACGGGAGGCGGGAGGAUGGCGUCCGGGUGGAUGUCGCGCGGCGGGGGAGCGGGUGCGGGUGCGGGAGCGGGUGCGACUUCGGUGGUGGAGGCUGAGGAGUUCGGGGAAUUGCAGGACCUACUGGAGGAGGCGCUGUCGGGAGUGCAUGGGGAGCAUGGGAAGCAGGGGCAGGAGAGCGACGGUGCAAGCAUCAGUGUUGCAGCGGCGGCGGCGGCAAUCAGGUUAGCAGCACUGGAGGCGAAGGAGCAGUCGUCUGCGGCGGAGGUGGAGGCGCAAAGCAGCGUCGGGUCAGCAGCCCGAUCCGGCAACGGCAGGGGUAGCAGCCAGCCUGACGCCGGCGUGGUUGAGCUGCUUGAGAUUUUCAAAGAGUUGGAGGUAGUGGAGCCGCAGGUGAUUGAGCCGUAGGUCAGCUUGGGGCGCAUGGUGGCCCAAGAGUAGGGUGCGGCCAGGGGCAGGGUCCUAGGGUGUGAUGAGGCAGGCGAUUGAGAGAGCGUGUGGUGAGCGGUGGCGCGGGAGGGCCGAUGCCGGUGGCAUCCGGAAGCGCCGGAAGCAUGAGUUGCUGAGGCUGUCUAGACGUAGGUGUCACCGCGUGUGGUGCGGUGUGGUGCGGUGAAGUGGUUGGGGCUUUGGCCGUCAGGGAAGCACAUGCAGCAUGCCGGCGGCUGUACAGGAGUUGGUGGUAGCAGUGCCCUGCAGUGCUGCAGAGCGUGAAACUGAGGAGGAGGGUACUCGGCGUACGUGAGGUGUAGAUGGCGCUGGCGAUGCUUGCAGAUUGCAGCGCGGCGGGGGCGGUUGGGGACAUGGAGAGUGAGAGUCCUCGGGACGUACCGGUAUAGCGGCUGGAAAGCAGACCGACGGCUGAGCUAGGCAGGCAAGGGUGUAGGCCCGUUAACGAGUGGCAUGGAAUGCCCUUUGACUGUCAUUUGUCUUCUUUUGCGCACAACAUUAGUGUGCAGGUAACGUUUUGCAGGUUUUGAGAUAACAUCCGUAUGUUGUUCGUGGCCGAUGUUGCGCCGUGUUGCCGUACAGUUACACAAGCCUAAGCAAGGGUGGCGCUCUGGAUUGGGGCACACCUGAGCGUGUAGGACGUUUGUAGAGCCAUUUGUGCUCGGAACCUUUUUGUUGCAGCUUGCAGACUUCAUAACAAGAAUUGGGGAUGAUUAGAAGUUACCGGUAGGAAAUGAAGGUGAGGUGAAGUUGUUUGCAUGUUACAUACUUGGGGUUUGAGGGUUCACCUGGGGUGUUUGGUUGUCCAUGAUGGGAAGACGCUGACGUGCUCAGUACCAUGCUAAAGCAUAUACGUUGGAAAUUGGCACGUGGCACGUAUUAUGGAUAGGAGCAAGGGUCGUGACCAUGGUAAGGGAACUGAUUUUGUCCUUUUAAACUUGGCCGAGCCGCACACGGGUAACUGUGCUGGACAGUGCUUGGAUUUAUAGCCGGCGUUUCAGAUCCCGGUGGGGCAAAUAAGCGUAGUGUCCUCUGUAACCCUGAAGCCCG